AUGUUCAUUCCCGUUUAUCGGAUUUACGAGCAAGAUGGAACUCCACAAUGCAAAGUGAUUGUCCCUUUGCACCUUAAUGAAUUUGAAUUUAAGGAGGUGCUGAGGGAAAAAUUCCCAGACCUCCCAGAAAGGUUUGAAUUUUGCAAGGUAGCCGGAGACCGAAAGGUUAUACCAAUUCAGCUGUCAGUGCCAGCAGAAAUUAAAGCAUGUAAUGUGCUGGGCCGGUCAGCUCUAUAUAUUAGACCACUGGAGAUUCCAAGCCAAACCACACCAAACCAGGCAACUGAGUCAUCUCCACCUAUUUCCCCAAACACAGCUGCAUCUCCAGGGCAAAACCAUACAUCUGUGUCAACCCCCUCAACCUCCACAACAGUAAACAUGUCUUCAAACACUCGAAGCCCCUCUGAAGUUGAUGAGAUUCCAAGCCAAACCACACCAAACCAGGCAACUGAGUCAUCUCCACCUAUUUCCCCAAACACAGCUGCAUCUCCAGGGCAAAACCAUACAUCUGUGUCAACCCCCUCAACCUCCACAACAGUAAACAUGUCUUCAAACACUCGAAGCCCCUCUGAAGUUGAUCAUUAUCAACAAAGACAUGGCAGUUUUUUCGAGGAAUCAAGGUUGCUCAAUUGCUUUACAAAUUAUUAAUAAUCAUAGUCUGUAAGAGAAAACUACUUAAUCAGUGUGCUUUUGCAAUUUGUUUUGGUGAGGGAAAUCAUCUAUAUUGAAUAUACACUGGAAUCCUGGUCCUGGAGGGCCCAUGUCCUGCAACAUAUAGCUCCAACCAUCUCCAAGAACACACCUGCCUGCCUGGUAGUUUAUAAUCCUGUACCUUGAUUAGCUGGAUCAUAU